AUGGUGAUGCACCACAAUUCCAAGAGGAGGUGGACUGUCACGGCCAUAUCCAUCGAGGAUGGCUACGUGGACGCAUUUGCAUUCAUGAGUUUCCUGGAUUUUGAACCAUUCUCCAAUAGAGAAAGUUGGAACUGGUUCAUUCAGCGCCCUAUAAAUCAAGGCCUCGACAGCUGCCACAAGCGACUCGAGAUUGUUUUACCAACUUGUUUUUCAUCAGUUUCCUGCUGUACUAAGUACCAUUUUGCAUCUUUGCCAAGUCUGUGUGAUGUAGCAUUGUGCCCCAGUGAUCUCGCAAACACAUUCCGAUUAACUCUUGAAGAUGUUUCCAAUAACCCACGGUUGUUGCGAAGGUUAGUUGAAACGCUGCAAGAAUGUGAAGCUUAUGAGUGCCCAAUUUGCUCUUCUCCUUCAGCAAACAUCGUUAUCACCUGCUGUAGUCACAUCUUCUGCCGAGUCUGUAUUCUGAGAAUUAUACAAUCCAGCGGAUCCCCUCAUUGUCCUCUUUGCCGUAGAGCUCUAUCUGAAUCUGACUUGUUCUCAGCCCCAAUCGAGCCUUCUAGAGCUGAUAGUACCUCUACAUCCUCAUCAUCGGAUAAAGAGUUAUCUUCCAAAACAUCUGCGUUGAUAAAAUUUCUCAAAGAAUCAAGAGAACAGAAGCCAACAGCAAAAUCGGUUGUGUUUUCACAAUUUCGCAAGGUGUUAGUGUUAUUGAAAGUGACGUUGAAGGAGGCUGGUUUCAAGACUUUGCGCAUUGAUGGCUUGAUGACGGCUGAACAGAGGGCUGGUGUUAUUGAUCAAUUUCAAGACACUAAAGAAAAUGGACCGACUGUUCUGCUUGCAGGCCUUAGGGUUUCAGGUGCAGAUGUAAAUCUCACAGCCGCCACCACGGUGUAUUUCAUGGAGCCAUGGUGGAAUGCGGCUGUCAAGGAACAGGCAAUGGAUCGCGUCCAUUGCAUCGGAAAGAAAGAGGCUGUGAGGAUUGUUAGAUUGGUUGUUUGGGACAGCAUUGAGGAAAAGAUGCUGAUGUUGCAGGAGGAGAAGAGGGGAAGUCAUUCUGGUAGCCUGAAGUAUAAAGAUCUGAAGUAUAAAGAUCUAAAUUUCCUUAUGUCCAUAGAAUGAUGGUUCCAUUGCUCCAAUUUUGAAUGAGUUGCUUGCAUGUGUAAAUUUUAGGUUUAAUCAGUUUGUGAGGACCUUUAAUUUGAUAGAAAUAGUAUAUAGAAAUAUUGGCUUUACUUGAUGUAGAUUCCUAAACAGGUAGGGUAUACCAAUUCCAUUUGUUCCUCUAAAACGAUGUAGUUAUCAAAUAUCUGUUACUAAACAGUUGGAUUAAUCUUAGCUGGUGAUGCUGGUGGUUUACUAAAUAGUAAAUAGAAUGAUGGAAUUGAACUUUA